GCCUGUUCGAUUGGUCUGCUUCUCCGGAACGAUCCGGUUCAACCAGUGCGCGUCCGUGAGGAUCUGUCGAGAUUUUUUCUGUGUUGGAAAAAAAUGUUCUAGUUUUACGAGGUGGAAUUUGUGCGGGUGUAACCCAAAAAAAUAGGUAAAAAACACAUUCUGCACAAUUGACAUUGGUCAAUUGAACGCGUUGGUUUCAACUGCGGGAAUUUAGUUCGCUCAACAACUCGGCUGAAUUGGGCGGAUGAAAUAUCAACAAACAAUCGCGUGGAAUAUUAAUUGUGGUUUCGAAUUUCAUGGCAAAGGUUGAUCCGGUCAACCACAACACAAACGAAUGUGGCUUGGUGUUGUGGAAUUGUUUAUUUUGGGAUUUUGACGGAAAUGGUGUUAUUUUUAUAAAGCGAGAGAUGCUGAAUAAAAAAUAAUCCUGUCGUGCGUGCGGAAAUGGAAUGAUAACAUAGUGCAAAUUUUCGAAUCAAAUCCGAGUGGAAUACUAUCGGCGUAUAGAAGAGAAGAAAAAAGCCCAGUAAAAACACAGAAGCUGUUUCAUGGAAAACUUGAAUGGUUCCUUCUCACGUAUUUCGUGUCGUUGAGAUUAGAUUUAUCGUGCUACGUCGUUUGACUACAACCGACGGAAACGAGUGAAAUUUUAGCAACGACCUAGCGCCUCCGUAAUAGCCGACUUCUGCGAAAACGAGAAAGUUUUUGAUUAAAACAAGCGGAUUAGAGUGAUUGGCGAUCAAGUCGAGUAAGAAGAAAUAAAAACAGGGCUGCUCAAGUGGAACGAAUCGAAUUGUAUUAGUGCGUGGUUAUUUCCAUUUAUUAGAAGUGGGAGAAAAAUUGGCUUUCAUUUAACCGGUGGCGGGAGGACGGUUUCGGGGUCGAUAAUGGCAAUAAUAAAGCGGCUGGAAUCAAUUCGCCAACAAGUUGGCUAAUUUGGUUGGUUAUACAGUGGCCUUUGCUUUUGACAGGUGCUUUCAACUAUACAUACCGUGAUCGGAAACGAAGUGGUAUACACAUUGUGGCUGGAGUGGGCAUGUGGAAAUUGGUUCCAAUCACCGCAAAUCGUUUGAUUUGAUUCAGUGCUUAGUUUCUGCUGUUAAUUAGGUUAGCUGAUGGUUGGUCUGGUGGUUAAACUGGUUGGUUCGAUUCGUGCAGCAUCGCGUCGGCUCCGUCGAGACGUAUAUUCAUCUGCGUGGCAGGAUCUUCAUAGGCAGAGAAACCCGUAAUUCCCAGUAUCCGGCCUCAGCCGUCUCGUUACCGAUCCGGCCGACAGUGAAUCACAAGGAAAAAUACAGAAUUGUAGAAAAACAUUACCUCCUCCCUGGGGCAGCAAGAAAAAAAAACGUCUGCCAGACGUCGCACACAACCGCACCAAAUAACGCCACUUUUCCUUCUCACAAACCACGCGUAGUUCCACUCCGAACAUCCGAAGGAAAACGGAAAAAAUAGAGAGCACAUAAAACAUAAAAUUAAAAUAAUCCAUGAGGCGCACGAACAAAAAAAAACGGGUAACAUAAAUUUAUUUGCAUUCGCUGUUACACUUUUUUCCGUGGUACUUUCGGGUAAACACCAGUUAUUGGUUGCCAUUUGCAAUGACGAGUGGAAGUGAGCAAAAAAGAAACCAAGGGUCCUUGGGGUUUGUGGUGACAAAUGGGCAUUAGCAAGCAACGGACUGGUUUUUUUAUUAUUUGGUGACAUUUGAGUUGAAUAAUGAGCUAGGACUUGACAGAUGAUGAGAUUUCUGAAUGGUAAAUCUGAUGUUUGGCUGCUUUGUUGCAUGAGUAGUUUGUCAGCAACAAGCUAAACCAUAAACGAGUAUACUAUUUGUGGCACCAUUAAUGAUUCGUUUGUAAGUUUGAUGUUAGGAAAUAUGCAAACUAUUUGCGAAUCAUUUUAUCACUACACUUUCGCCACUAUGGAUGCAAUUUUAACGACUUUGCUUAAGAUAUGGAAAUAUGGUUUUCUGGUAGUUGCGGUUACACAAGAUUUUCUCGUUCAUCUUACGUGGUAUAAUUUAUGAUCAUCUCAUCAAUACCGAAGGUACCAAACAAAACUUGAUACGACUCAUUCGUUUUCUAACAACGUGGUACAUUAAUUAGCGAAAUGUGAAUCGUAAAAAUUUUACCAUUCAGAAACAUUAAUUUAAGUUUCUCCUUAACCUAGGGAACCAAACUACUAAAAAAAAUACACAGCAUGUAGAAGCGAGCUCAGCAACGCGAACUAACACAUUUCACGUUAUCUCCCAUUAUUACGACGAAAAUAGAUUGCAAUUUUUGCAACAGCCAUCGGGAAAAACUGCAAGUCCUAGCCCCGCGUUGUAACUUAGUCGUACACUGAAUUCUGCAAACUUUUUUUACUCCUGCAUCAUCAUGAUGUUUCAGCGCUAAAGUGCGAAGUGGAAAUGAGUUUCAAAACUCAGCAUAAGCAUCCGUAGAAAUAAGAAUUGGAGCUAACACGGAAAAGUACAAAAUUGUGUGCCAAGAAAAAAAAAGUGGAAAGUAACAAUAAUAGGAAAAGCGAGAGAACGUGUUCGUUCACCCAUUCCGCCCCAGUCAACCCCAGUGAGUGUGCGAGUUCAAGAUCCCAGUGGAGUGUGUAGGUGCGGUGAAAAGGGAUCACCCACGAGAGAGCGUUAAAUCCGAUAAGCGAGUGUGUUGAGUAAAGCGUAGCUUGCAACAGCAGCAUCGGCACCUUUUGCAAAUUUUACAAGGACGGUACCUCAUCGUUUUCAUCCUGCUCGGCCUCCUUCCGCUACCAGUGUUACGGGUUGCGGAGGUGGGAGGCGAGUUUUUCGGUUCACCGCCGCCGGAGUCGUACAAAGUAAGUGGUCCCGGAGCAGGUAGAGAGAACUGCGCUCGCUUAACAACACAAGUGUGUGAAGUUAUCUCGUAUGCAUACGCCAAGUACCGCUGCUGCCACUACAGACAUCAUCGUAUGAUAAAGGAGUGCAGAAAAAAGUAGCACAGAACGGAACCGAAUAUGUGGCUCCCAGCGGUUAUGGAUUUACGGCUCCCGAUUCUCUGUUUGCUGAUAGUAGCAGAAUCAUCACUCGGAUUACGUAAUGUCCGCGUUACGGUACCAACGGCGAUCCGGAAGGGCGAGGCAGCACACCUGUACUGCAACUACGAGAUGGAAGACAAGGAACGACUCUACUCAAUCAAGUGGUACAAAGGGAAGCGGGAGUUCUACCGAUACACGCCCCAGGAGCAACCGUCGAUGAAGGUGUUCAACACUGUCAGUGGGGUCGAAGUGGAGCGCGCCCUAUCCAACGAGAGCCACGUGGUCAUAAAAUCAGCAAACGUGUCAGGGAAAUUCAGCUGCGAGGUGUCAGCGGACGCUCCUUCCUUCCACACAAUAAUCGUAUCCGGUGACAUGGAGGUGAUAGAACCUCCCGUCGAUAACCCAUCGAUAAUUGGAGUGCAAACAAGGUACCGACCGGGGGACAUCCUGCGUGCCAACUGUUCCUCACUCCACUCGAAACCAGCCGCCAACCUGACGUGGACAAUCAACGAUGUGCCGGUACUUCAGCAGCAAACCAGACAAUACAGACCCAUUCGGGAUGCCAGCACAGGACUGGAAACGUCGAUACUCGGGAUCAAUGUAAUGGUUUCUCACAGUCACUUCAUCAAAGGGAAGCUGAAGCUAAAAUGUGAAGCAUCGAUACAUCAAAUCUACCACGAAAGUACCGAACGAGUACUGGAGGAGGACCGACCACGGAUAUUAGCCACCGGUUCAUCCAGCGGGCAUAAUAUGAAUCUGUUUCAGAGUAGCGUUUAUGAUGGGGAGCUGACCGACCAGGGCGACCGGUAUCUCACCAUGAACGGGUACAAAGCAGACAAAUCCUCGCCUCCAACGACUUCGUCCGCCGGUAUGAUGGUGGGAUCAUACGUGAAAGUAUGCUGGAUCACAUUCUACAUCUGCACCAUCUGCACCGUGCUGCUGUACUCGCUUCGAGUUGGAAUAUCCUGAUUGUACAACCUGAAGGAGAUAAUCAAAAUAUAAACGCCCAGCUGCAUCAACCCCUUCCAGAACCAUCCCGGCACCAACGAGCACGGUACUGUCGAUGCUCGGCAGUAGCUGAAAAUUUGAAAAGCGUACCCAAAAUGGAUUGCACUACGGAAAAUAAACUAACAUGACUGGGCGAAUGCCGGAGUCGGAGCCAAAAAAGUGCUAAAAUUGAGAAAUUGUGAGAUAACAAACAACGCCAUAAUUUGCUUCCAAAUCACCGCAUCUUCUUCCAGCGAUCGAAUAGUGAAGGAACCCUUUUUUACCGAGCAAAAUCUAUGAUGAACAACGAGUUGUGUAGCGAAACAGGGCAGCAAAAAUUACCGGUGCAGUUCAACUGCCAACGGCUAGCUGGCGAUUGAGAGGUGCUAGCUGGUUCACUCUAUUAGUACAUACUACAGGAAUGCUGCACGAGUUCAUAUUUAAGGCAAUUCUACCGACUUUAUCGAGUGGGGCAGGAACAUUGAAUGUGCUGGGUUUAGUUCGGUGGAAUUUAAUUAAGUGAAGCAGUGUGCACGGUCACCGAACGCUUACGUAAAGGAAAAUACGGAUCUUGAGCGAAAUGAAUAGAAGGUAGUUCCAAUUAGUGAAUAUGGACCCUAGGGCAUACAUAAAAA